AUGUUUCAGGCUGACCCCACGAGCAGCAAAAAGGUCUUAGCAGAUCUCCAUGCAGAGGUGAACAAGAACAAACUACUGCAAGAAGAACUGGACAAGGUCUCAGCAAAUCUCCAGGCAGAGGGGAACAAGAACAAACUACUGCAAGAAGAACUGGACAAGGUCUCAGCAAAUCUCCAGGCAGAAAGGAACAAGAACGAACUACUGCAAGAAGAACUGGACAAGGUCGCAGCAAAUCUCCAGGCAGAGGGGAACAAGAACAAACUACUGCAAGAAGAACUGGACAAGGUCUCAGCAAAUCUCCAGGCAGAGGGGAACAAGAAUAAACUACUGCAAGAAGAACUGGACAAGGUCGCAGCAAAUCUCCAGGCAGAGAGGAACAAGAACAAACUACUGCAAGAAGAACUGGACAAGGUCUCAGCAAAUCUCCAGGCAGAGAGGAACAAGAACAAACUACUGCAAGAAGAACUGGACAAGGUCUCAGCAAAUCUCCAGGCAGAGGGGAACAAGAACAAACUACUGCAAGAAGAACUGGACAAGGUCUCAGCAAAUCUCCAGGCAGAGGGGAACAAGAACAAACUACUGCAAGAAGAACUGGACAAGGUCUCAGCAAAUCUCCAGGCAGAGAGGAACAAGAACAAACUACGGCAAGAAGAACUGGACAAGGUCUCAGCAAAUCUCCAGGCAGAGGGGAACAAGAACAAACUACUGCAAGAAGAACUGGACAAGGUCAAAGCUGCUCACCUUGCGCACACCCUCCAGCUCGUUAACCCUCCUCCCGCCACUCGCCAAAAUCACUCACUCAAAUAA